ACGUCACCACCUUUUGUCGUUGUCGGGCAGCAGCUGCGAGCUGGAAAGUGUCUGACAGCUUCGGAGACCUCCGCCGCUCAGCUUUGUCCAAACAGACACACGGACAUUCUCUGCGCUCCGCUGCCUCCGCGGGUGUGAACUUCCCCGAGGUUGCUUCACUCGUUGUUUUUUGUAUUUUUCUUUUUAAGCUAACUGAGAGCCCGAUGCUCCCCUGCCAGUGCUAGCUUGCGUUAGCGGGCUAGCUCUUUGUGUGGCUAGCUCGAUAGCUGAGGGAUGUUUUGUUGUUGUUGAGCCCGAGCAGCCCUCCCGUCGUCUGGGGAGCGGAGCUUCGUCAGCCGUGUAUGGGAGAAAAAAAAAAACAACACCUCCUCCUCGACGGCUUCUCCUCCGCUGACAUUAGCCUCCUGAAACCAUCUGUUCGUGUAAGCGACAGGGACAGAAAGAGGGAGAAGGAGGGAAGAGUUUGACCGAAGAGGAAGGAGAUGGGAAACUGUCUGAAAUCUCCGACCUCGGAUGAUAUUUCUUUGCUUCAUGAGUCUCAGUCGGACCGGGCCAGCUACGCAGACGGUGCUGACCCCGACCAGGAGCCACCGCCCCCAUAUCAGGAGCAGAUCCAUGUACCCAUAUAUCACCCAACACCCAGUCAAGCCAGACUGGCCACUCAGCUGACAGAGGAGGAGCAGGUCCGCAUCGCUCAGCGCAUCGGGCUCAUACAGCACCUCCCGAAGGGCGUGUAUGACCUGGGGCGGGGCGGCUCAGAGAAGAAGAUCAGAGAGUGCGUCAUCUGUAUGAUGGACUUCGUGUACGGAGACCCCAUCCGGUUCCUGCCCUGCAUGCACAUCUACCACAUGGACUGUAUAGACGACUGGCUGAUGAGGUCCUUCACCUGCCCCUCCUGCAUGGAGCCUGUGGACGCCGCGCUGCUUUCCUCCUAUGAGACCAACUGACACGCACACAAACACGCACACAUGCCCACAGACGCCUGUGGACCAAACUGGACACACACACAUACAGUAUGCACACACUGUAUCCUGGAUAAGUAAGGUGGCAGUAUCAAAGCGGUCACUGUAAAAGAUUUAUGGUGAUCUCUAAUGUUUGAGUGUGUGCACACAUAAGCACGCAUGUGUGUGUGUGUGUGCGCUCUUGUGUGUGUUUAUGUAUAUGUGUGUGUGCAUACGUGCACAAACACAAGUUCCUCACUUGGCCUGCUGGACAGGACUGCAUUUGAGAAAGGAUUGGAGGAAUGAACCAAGUGAUGAUGUUCAGGACGAGCAGGAAGGGGCUGGAUCGGGGAAAGAAUAAAAGACGAGAAAUGACAAGUGGACAAUUGCAAAAAGGAAGAAAUGCUACAGAGCUGUAGUUGCGUGAUGUAAAGACUUCUAUCGGAGUACGAACAUCUGAUGGACUCUGCGGAAGCCUCCAGCUGUCUGUCUGUACAGAUCUCUCAUGAGAAAUUAAGAUGGGUUGGUGGUCCAGUGUCCAAAAAUCCUGUUCUGUGUUUGUUUAGUCAGUCAGCAUAAGGGCUCAGUUGAACCAUUGUUUCUUAACAACACAGACAUUGCAGAGGGAAAUACAGUCACAUGCUUUAGCCAUUAAUGUGACAGAGAACUGUUGCCAUCCAGCUUUUCACUUCCUGUGACUCUGUGUCACAGUGAGAUUUCAGAUUAUUGGUUAAAGUACGAGUAGAUCAGUGAACGAACCGUUAAAACAAAUCAGAGAUAUUUGCACUUCUUAAUCAGAACUUGUGACAGGAGUUGACCAUAUGCAUUCAGUAAUUAUGUCAAAGUGAAGUAUGUGAUUUGUUUCACCUACAUUUCCAUUAGCAUUGAUUCGUCUCAGUGAACCAGGAGUGUAAUUUAUUACUGGUGACAUUAACCAAUCUACAGAAUUAAUUCUGAGAGCGAUUCCCCCUUUGCUGUCCAACUCAUGUAAUUUUAAGAACAAGUAAAGAACAAAAUUUAAAACAUAAACAAGGUUACGCUCAUCCCGUAUGUCUACACACACAAACAUACACAUUUAUAUAUAUAUAUAAGUCUUCAUGCUGUUAUGUCAUCAUUUUCUUCACAUAAAUUCGACGCUUCAAUCUAAACAAUAUCCUCGCCACAUUUUACGUCUGUUGCCUCGAGUCACCCAGUUGAAGAAAGCACAAAGAAACUGUUCUGUUCUGUUUUCCUUCUCCCUGCUGUCGCCUGCAGGUGCGUCAGUGAGACUUUUGAAUUAUGCAGGUCAUGUUUAAUCAUUUGAGUGCCCCCUGCUUCGCAGGCAUGAUAGAAAUCCAACGAGAGUUUGAAAACAUGCCUUUUAGUGAUGUUUGUAUGUGUAUGUAUGUGUGGGUGUAUGUCUGUACAAGGCUUUGUGGCCUUUGUAUGAGGUGGUAAGUCAGCACCUUAGUUUUUGCACAGUACUUUAAUCUACUUAACUUUUUAUGUUGUACUUUGUUCUCCAUCAGUGAGGUGGAGUCUCAUGGCCUAUCAGCUGCUAAAACAUGGAGCAGAGUUCUGUUGACUUCAAGAAAACAAGGGGUGGGGGUGAUAUGAUACAGACAGCUCGGCUGCAGAUGCUGCAGUCCUGCUGGAAGUCAUUGUACGUGUAAUGUUGUGAAAAAAAACAAAAGAUGUGUCAAGAAAAUUGUCCUUCAUUGUCACAAAACUAAUAAACUGUCAGUGUAUCGUGG